AUGCGCUCAUCUACUAGGACAAAGAAGCUUUGCCAGGGCCCUUGGUGCCAAUACUGCAACAGUUUUCGAAGCUCUCGUCGAUUUGAUAAACAUGUGGAAGCCUGCAAACGUCAUCAUAAUGAGCUUGCAACAGCUCCAUCCUUUCAAGUCAAUAAAUCGCGCCCACAGGAUGACUUACCUGUGCCUCAAAAACGGCGCAAACUAGACUCAAAUUCCAGUCCCGACUUUACAUUCAACAAAACUGCUUAUGGAGAAGAUCAGGCACAAAUUGACGAAGCAGAACCAUCGCACCAGGAAUCUUCGCUGGACUUAGACUCUGAGGUGCACAAUGAACGUCCCUCAAGCUUUAUUCAAGUCAUACCACACCCUCACAGCGGCAUCAAGGAACCAACCAUUAUCUCACUAGACACACCAACAACCUACAGUACUUUCAAUGUCCGUGGCAUCAACAGCAAACCAUGGGCUCCGUUCCGAACUCGUGCAGACUUUGAGUAUGCAGAAACCGCUGUAAAAGGAUUAUUUAGCAAGGACAUCAUCAACACACAGUUACGUGGUAUACACGGUGGAUGGGCACGUGAAACGGCAAUCACACUGCAAAGCCACGUCGAUCUAGAACAUUCAUUGAAAAAAGCACGGAAACUAUGUCCUCAGGGGAAUGUCUCAGCCGUUUAUUUGGGUGAGACAUUUCAUUUCAGUUUCGUGUAUCGCGAUCCCUGGGAAGUAUAUUGUGACUGGAUCAUGGAUGCCAGCUUAUCAUCCAUGAUAUUCUGGUAUCCGUGUAAGAAAUUCUUUUGUAGGCGCAAUGGCCGGGUCACUCUCAAGACUCGAAUAUACGAUGAGUUUAGCACUGGUAAUAGAUGGUGGGAUAUACAGGAUCAGCUUCCCAAAGACGACAUCCCACACUGCUUUCUCCCGGUCUCCCUCUGGCUCAACAAGGGGAAUGUAACAAAACGAGUGCGAAAGCACCCAAUGAUUAUUCGGCCAGCAUUCCUACCUCGUGAAGUACGGAAUGCUUCUGGUAAUGGAGGGGGGGUACUGAUUGGUUACAUGCCGGUGCCUGAAGACCCGGCCGACCCAACAGACCGCAAUUCAGCCGAGACCCUUGAGUGGGCGCAUUUCAAGAGAGACGUAUACCAUCAAGUUCUUGGCAUUGUUUUCAAGACCUUACAACGACCAGCACGCCAUGGGGAGGCAAUGAAAUGUGGCGACUCACAUAAUAGGAUUAUUCACCCUGGAAUACCAAUCAAGUCUCUUGACGGAGAAGAGAGCUGUGCGGUUACAGCAACGCGGGCUGCACUUGCCAAUUACCCCUGCCCCAAAUGUUUGGUUCAUCACAACGAGCUACAUAACAUCAAUGGAACAUUUGAGCCCCGCAUUACCAAGACUAUGCAGAAGGCUUAUCUUGAUUCUACUCGAGCGCCAAACAAAAGCGAAGCUGAACGAAUCUUACAGAGCCGGGGGCUUCAUGCUACGCAGAAUUUCUUCUGGUCUUUACACUACUCGGACCCGUAUCUAUCAGUUUCCUACGACAAACUUCACUCGGACGACUUAGGAAAGUGGGGGAAACACUUGUGGCCCCUGUUGCUUAGUGUUCUAGCCGAAGAUGGAGUCAAAGGGCAGCUAGCAAGGAACAUGCGAAACGUUUCUCGCUGGCGCAACCUUAAACACUUUGGUAAUGUCACAACAGUUGAUUACGCAGAUGGUCAAGACGUCUCAAGAGACUACGGAAAAUCAUUCGAUUUCUUCAAACAACAUUUCGUCAAUCAUGUUAUUGAGGAUAUCCAACAAAAGGGUGCUACUGACAACUAUGAAACAAGAGUCGGUGAAGGAAUUCACCAGGAGGUUCGUCAAGCUUACAAACAGACUAAUUGCAAGAACACGGAUCCACAGAUGGCCCGAAUAGACGAGAAUCAAGAAUCCAUUGCGUAUCUACGUAUGGUCGUUGACGAGUAUGACAAAGCACAACAAGAACAAGAGCAGGUAGGGAACGCACGAGAAGCUGAGACAGAGGAUACAACAGAGCAGGCCGAGACAGAGGACACAAGAGAGCACAUAAUAGAGAGUACAGACGACCACUGGACACUUGGAUCGCCAACAAGCCUGAGUGACUCUAUUGCAAUGGAGACCAUGCAUUCAGCAUUUGAUAAGUCUCUGCGACGGUUUUUUUCGAUUGAUGUUCCGGAUGCUAGCCUCGGUGUUGAACCCAUUAAGAUCCGACAAUAUCAUUGCGUCUAUCUUCGGUACCAGUCGCAAGAAGACUGGACCGAAGGGCGAGAUAUCCUCAGGUGUAACCCUCGAUUCAAUGGAGUGCCCCGCCACGAUUGCAUACUCAUCAACACGGACACUGUUAAACCCACACCGGCUCGACUUAUAGGGAUUUACAGGUGUUAUAUCAAGUCCAAAACAUAUGAUGUCGUCCUCGUCAAUUACUUCAAGCCCUCCACUACAAAACCAAGGACAAAAUGGGCUGGUGCUCGUCUUUAUGAGGAGGCAAGGGAAAGCAGGUUCGCACUGGUGAAAUAUUUUAUUCGUGGGGCACAUAUGAUUACAGCGUUUGGAAUGAGGGAGGGUCGCUUUUAUCUCAACGAUACCGUAGACGGCGACAUGUUUCUACGCUUUUCAAAGUGA